CAGGUAGCAGAGCUGACACUUAUCUCUUGCAGCCGACAUGUCGGGAACUGGCAGUGCCCUCCUCCUGGGCAUCACCCUCUGCUGCCUGGGCGCCUGGGCAAAGGAGAAUAUAGGGGAAUACCAUUACGUUUGCCCCAAGUUCCAUUCGGAGAGCUGUAAAGUGCCCAACCCACGGGGGUGCCACGGCGACCAGUAUUGCCCCAAAGGGCAGAAAUGCUGCUGCUCCGACUGCGGCUGGAAAUGCGUCACGGCAGAGAGAGUGAAGCCGGGGCGCUGCCCCCCAAUAAUGCCCAGGUGUGUGGGGCCCCCCCCAAAACCAAGCUGCCAGACAGACGGCGACUGCUCGGGCCGGCAGAAGUGCUGCACCCUGUGUGGGAAGGUCUGUCAGGACCCCCAUGAAGAGAGCGAGGGAGCGUGCCCGGUGCCCAGCGACCCCAGGAAACUGCAAUGUCCGUCUGUCUACUGUGCCAGGAACGACGACUGCCUGACGCCCCAAAAGUGCUGCCAGUCGGGGGGGAAGCAGCGCUGCAUGCACGUCUGAGGGUGGCUCCGCCUUUUAACCAUUUCAGCACCCAGCAAGGAGUGUGGCCUACUGAGUAAAGCCCGGGCCCUAAUGGAGCGGCCUCCCAGGGGCCCCAGUACGAGCCAUUCUGAAUGGAGAACGCCAGUCACAUGACUAGGACCCCAGUUGAUUGGACUUAUUGCUCCAAAUACAGAAAUUCAGCCGGUUCUGUCCAUCAAAACCCUCUAAAGAACCGAGAUGGUCUUAUCCCACCCAAGAACUGCCCACGUUCCAGGCCCGGAACCCCCCACCCUCCGGGGGGGACCCCACCACCCAGCUGUAUAAUAAAACUCCUUUAUAUAUUAAACAUGAAA